AUGGGAAGUAACUCUGAUGAUGUUGACAGUUUUAAGAAAUCCUUGUUCCAACAAUUUGACAUGAUAGAUUUGGGAAAGCUUCAGUUCUUUCUAGGAAUUGAAGUUUUAAGGACAUAUGAAGGCAUACUAAUUGUUCAGAAGAAGUUUGCUCUAGAUCUUCUUGCAAAGUUUGGUUUUCUGGAUGCAAAAUCAGUGGCAACUCCAUUAGAAGUCAACCACAAAUUGUCACAAGAAGGAGCGCACAUUGAUGAUCUGCAACUAUAUCGAGAGAUUGUUGGUAGUCUUGUUUAUUUAACAAUCACUUGUCCUGAUUUGGCCUAUUCAUUAGGCAUUGUAAGUCAAUUCAUGCAAAGUCCAAGGGAGCCACAUCUAGAUGCAGUCAAGCGGAUUCUGAAAUAUUUGAAAGGAACAAUUGAUGAAGGAGUUUUUUACAAUCAGGGUAUACCGAUCAAGCUAUCAGGAUACUGUUAUGCAGAUUGGGCAGGAGACCUAUCUACUCGUAGAUCAAUUUCUGGAUUUUGUUUUAAUCUUGGCUCUGGAAGUGUCUCAUGGGCAAGCAAGAAACAACCAACUGUUGCACUGUCUUCAACCGAAGCGGAAUAUAGGGCUGCUAUGUUAGCUACUUGCGAGAGUAUUUGGUUGACUCACCUAAUUAAAGAUUUGGGAGAAAAGGUUGAUUACAAAGUUCCUAUCAAAAGUGACAGCAUCAGUUCUAUAAUGUUAGCAUCUAAUCCAACAUUUCACGCUCGUACGAAACACAUUGAGGUUCACUAUCACUUCAUUUGUGAGAAGAUUAUUAGCAAAGAGAUUGAUUUGCUCUACAUUUCAACAAAGGAUGAAGUUGCUGACAUUUUCACCAAAGCUUUAUGUUCAGAUCAGUUCAACGGAUUCAAGAAAGCUUAG